GGGAGGAAGUGAGGGGACAUGGAGGAAGGUGAAUUGUCUCUGGUCUUUUUUUAACAAGCUUAGGAAAGCACCCCGGGACAUUUGAUGGAUUCAUUAUUAAGCAAAUCCAAUUUGAAGACUUCUGCUAACAUCAAGGGACAAAACUUUUCUGCUUCUCAAAUACAGGGUCUCCCUAAGUAACCCUGGCUGGCCUGGGACUGAUCAUGUAGACCAAGUUGACGGGAUACUCACAGAGCCCUGCUGGGGUUGAAGGAAUGUGCCACCAAGCCCAGAGGGAUGCUGGAGAGAUGAUGCUGGCCUGGGUCUGCUUCUGCCCUCAUCUGGCUGGACAGGAGGGAAAGAAGCUUACCAUGCAGGUAACAAGGGGCUGCUUCGAAGACCUCCUGGACUUGUCAGGCCACCGUAGGACCCACCUGUCUGUCGAGGGACUCAGCCUGGCUGCUUCUGCGGCUGCGCAGAAUGGAUUGGUUUCAUUGCAACCAGUGUUUCCGAAAAGAUGGGGCCCAUUUCUUUGUCACCAGCUGUGGCCAUAUUUUCUGUAAAAAGUGUAUGACUCUGGAAAAAUGUGCUGUUUGUGGAAAUCUUUGCAAGCAUCUGGCUCUUUCUGAUAAUCUAAAGCCUCAAGAAAAGAAGUUCUUCAAAAGCCCUGUAGAGACAACUUUGCAGUGCUUUAGUCACAUCUCUCAGGUGUGGUGCUUCCAGAAGAAACAAACAGACCUUCUUAUGGCCUUUUAUAAGGACAGAGUUACAAAGUUAGAAGCAGCUGUGAAGGAGGCCCAGGAAAUGGCGGCCAGCCAGAACAAAGAGCUAUCAGCCUUAAGAAAGGAGAAUGGAGAACUGAAGAAAAUUCUAGACAUCCUAAAGGCAUCUCCAAGCUGCUACUAUGGAAGCAGGUUAACCACACCUCGACCCGUGGGUAUUACUUCCCCAUCACAGUCAGUUGCUCCACGACCCAGUUCCCAGCAUAGCAGCCAAGUAGUCAGUCGCUCUUCUUCUAUGGAGUCCAUCCCUUACACGGUGGCUGGCCUGGGUCACGUGGAACAGGGAAGCAGAGGUCUGCAUGUGAGGAGCACUCCCGGAGACUCUUACAUUGAAACCCCUUCUCCAGCUUCAACUCAUAGCCUCUCUUAUAGACCUUCGUCUGCCUCCUCUGGACAGGGGGUUUCUUUUAGGCCAUUCUUCAGUGGGGAUUCAGGCCACACAAGAGUCCUCACUCCCAACAAUUCUGGUCAGAGGGAAAGCAGAACCACACCAGAGAGUCUUCCUGGUUUCCAACUUCCAGUCCUACAGACGUUCUACCAACAGAGGCAGAUGGGACUAGCCAGGAAAGACGGAUGGAACAUUUCCAGAUAGAAAUCCCUCUUCCAGGUCUG